AUGGAUGAUAUAUUGGCUGUGAAGAGUGCACCAAAGGAAAUAUUUGAAGAGAAGUCUAGCAGUCAAUCCAGCAAAGAGCCAUUGUGUAUGCAGAAGAACCAUAGAAAAGUUUUAGAUAAGGGUAUUCCACCAGAUGUAAUGCCUGGAAUAAAGGGAGUCAAGGAACCUUUACCACCUGUGCCACUCAGUGGGAUGUUGAAUAAACAUGGAGGCAAAGUUAGACUAACAUUCAAACCAGAGCAGGAUCAGCUUUGGCUCGGAACCAAGGAGCGCACAGAGAAACUUGCUAUGCACAGUCUAGACUGA